ACUCUCUUUUCUCUUUCAAUGGCGUCUUCCUCUUCUCCGAACCGUAACCCUACCCCCAAUCCAAUCGCCCGCUCAUCGCUCUCAAACGCCAUCGCCGCCCUCCUCAAACGGAUCAAAUCCCAAUCCAGCCACCAAAAAGCCCAGCUCUUCGAACACGACGACCUCCUCUACCUAAUCCUGGCCCUCGCCAAAACCCCAAGCAAAGCGCGCACAAACCCUUAUCGGAUCCCAAUCCCCCACCCUCUCCACCCGUUCAACCCUCAAUCCACCUCCAUCUGCAUCAUCCUCGACGACAGCCCCAUCAUCCCUCUCCUCCCCGCGGCCGCCCUCGGCCCAAAUCGUAAGCUAAGCCUGCCGAUCUCCUCCGUUAUCGGGUUGUCGGAGCUCCAAUCCGAUUACAAACCCUUUGAGUCCCGCCGCAAGCUCUGCGAUUCCUACGACCUCUUCUUCUCCGACCGAAAGGUCCUGCCUUUGCUGCCGAGGCUAUUGGGCAAGCACUUUUUUAAACGAAAGAAGACUCCUUUGGCCGUGGAUUUUAGUAGGGCUGGCUGGGUUGAGCAAAUUAAGAGCUGGUGUGGUUCGAGCUUGUUGUAUUUGAGGUCUGGGAGCUGUAGUGGGUUGAAGAUUGGGAGGGUGAAUCAGAGUUUGGAUGAGAUUGUGGAGAAUGUGAUGGCCGCGGUUGAAGGGGCGAUGGAGGUUGUGCCGAGGAGGUGGAAGAAUUUGAGGUCGGUGCACGUUAAGACGGCGGAUUCGGUGGCUUUGCCGGUUUAUCAGAAGGUUCCGGAGAUUGGGAUGAAGAUUGAGGGGGUUUGGGAUGAGAAGGAAGGGGAGAAGAAGAGGAAGAGAGAGGAGGAGAAGAAGGAGAAGAAGGGGAAUACUGAUGAAGAUGUGGGUGUUGAGAAAAGGCCGAAGAAGAAGCUGAAGAAGGGCGAGGAUAAGAAGAGAGGGAAGAAGGGGUCGGAGAUUAAAGGCGACCGAUUAGUGGUGACUGAAGAUGAGGAGGGUAGUGCUUUGCUGAAUGGUGGUGAAGAGAGGCAUGCUGACAAUCAAUUGAGUGAGAAUAAGGUUAAGUCGAAUGAGAAGAAGAAGAUGGAAGUGGAUUCUAUUGUAGCAUCAGAGGGAACGAAGGAGAGGAAACUAAAGAAAAUGAGAGAUGAUGUUGGCGUGGCCUUGAACGAUGAAAUGGGGACGAAGAGUAAGGCAAGGAAGGGUGGUAAAGCAAAGGAAGUGAAAGAUUUGGGUGAUGAAGAUGUCGAAGAGGGGAACGUAGUCAAUGAAUUGACUGAGAAGAGGAUAAAGAAGAAGAAGGUGGAGGGUUCUGCUGGAACGAAGAAGAGCAAACCGAAGACGCCGAGGACAUAGAUCUGGAAAGGAGCAAGGAUCGCGUGUUAUCUGCCUUGGUAUUUUUGAUGGUUGGUUGAGCAGAGAAGCUGAUUACAGACUUAUUUUUUUUUCACUCAUCUGCAGGUUUUGAUCUUUGAUCUUUUCUAUUAUUUAUGCUUUAUAUUAACUAGUUCAGUUUUGUUCCAUC